AUGGUCCUGACAGCUCGCAGACGGGAGCCUUUCAUUAUGUUUGAUCAGUGUCUCUUUCUCGGUUUCUCUCUCACAUGCAGGAAAGACCAGAAUCUCCUGUCUCCGGUGAACUGCUGGUACCUGUUGCUGAACCAGGUUCGACGGGAGAGCAAAGACCAUGCGACACUGAGUGACAUUUAUCUGAACAACGUCAUCAUGCGCUUCAUGCAGAUUAGUGAAGACUCCACGCGUCUUGUCAAAAAGAGUAAAGAAAUCACCUUUCAGCUGCAAGAGGAUUUGAUGAAAGUCCUCAACGAGCUCUACACGUGUUGUGAUCUGGGAUAUCACGCCUCUCUGAACCGGGCUUUGCGGACCUACCUCUCGGCCGAAUAUAACCUGGAGACAUCUCGUCACGAGGGUCUGGAUAUCAUUGAGAACGCGGUGGACAGUCUGGACCCACGUAGUGACCGCCAGCGCUUCAUGGAAAUGUACCCUACUGCCUUCUGCCCACCCGUCAAAUUUGAGUUCCAGCCACAUAUGGGAGAUGAGGUGUGUCAGAUCACGGCCCAGCCUCCAGUGCAGGGAGAACUCCUCCUGAGGUUCCAGCAGCUUCAAUCCCGUCUGGCCACCCUAAAGAUCGAGAACGAAGAGAUUAAGAAGACCUCAGAGGCCACUCUCACUACUAUCCAGGACAUGGUGACCAUCGAGGACUAUGACGUGUCCGAAAGUUUCCAUCACAGCCGCUCCACUGAAUCGGUCAAGUCCACCGUGUCGGAAACCUACCUCAGCAAGCCGAGCAUCGCCAAGAGACGCGCCAACCAACAGGAGACGGAGCAGUUCUAUUUUAUGAAGUUCCGCGAGUAUCUGGAGGGCAGCAAUCUCAUCACUAAGCUUCAGGCAAAGCAUGAUCUACUGAAGAGGACCCUCGGUGAUGGUUACCGGCCUGAGUAUGCGACUACAAGGCCUCCCAGUCUUCCUCCUAAACCGUUCGGCACACAGAGGCCCAGGCCACGCUCUGUAUUUAACGUUAAGCUGUUUAAUGGCAAUUUGGAGUCAUUUGUUAAGGACUCUGGACAAGCAAUACCAAGAGUUGUUGAGAGCUGUAUUCGAUUCAUCAACCUGUAUGGCCUCCAACAUCAAGGAAUAUUCCGAGUAUCUGGAUCUCAAGUUGAAGUCAAUGAUAUCAAGAACUCUUUUGAAAGAGGUAAUGAUCCCCUGACAGAUGAAGAGAAUAACCACGAUAUAAACUCUGUUGCGGGCGUUUUGAAACUCUACUUUCGAGGUUUGGAGAACCCUCUGUUUCCAAAGGAAAGAUUCAAUGAUCUCAUCUCUUGUGUCAGAAUAGACAAUCUGUAUGAGAGAGCGCUGUAUAUACGAAAGAUUCUUCUAACUGUACCCAGAUCAGUCCUUGUGGUCAUGCGAUAUCUGUUCGCCUUUCUCAACCACUUGUCCCAGUACAGCGAUGAAAAUAUGAUGGACCACUAUAAUCUGGCCAUCUGCUUUGGCCCCACCCUCAUGCCCACUCCAGAAACUCAGGACCAGGUCUCCUGCCAGGCCCAUGUCAAUGAGGUCAUCAAAACCAUCAUCAUCCAUCACGAGACCAUCUUUCCUGACGCGAAGGAGCUUGACGGCCCCAUGUACGAGAAGUGUAUGGCAGGCGGAGACUAUUGUGAGAGUCCAUACAGUGAACAUGGAGCUCUUGAAGAGGUUGAUCAGGAUAGAGGAGCGGAGACCCACACCAGUGAGGAUGAGGGGGAGCCCAUUGAAGCCAUCGCAAAAUUUGAUUAUGUGGGCCGCUCUGCGCGGGAGCUGUCCUUUAAGAAGGGUGCAUCUCUACUGCUGUAUCAGAGAGCGUCGAAUGAUUGGUGGGAGGGCAGACACAACGGCAUAGACGGCCUAGUGCCUCACCAGUACAUUGUUGUACAGGAUAUGGAUGACACAUUCUCUGACACUCUGAGCCAAAAGGCGGACAGUGAGGCCAGCAGUGGGCAUGGAGGAGAGGAGAAAAGCUCCAGUAGAGACAUUGGGUCUCCAACAGGCAGCAGGCUACCUGAUGCCUACAUCAGCAGCAGGUACAGGAAGAGAAGUGACCCCCCGACCCGCAGGCCUCCAGCUCGCCUCACUGACACCCACUGCUUGGUCCACCCCUCACAGGGCCACCACGGCAACCAUAGCAGCCACGGUAGUCACGGCAACCCAGAUUUGGGAUCUCCAGUGAUGGGCCACUACAGUCCGCGGGACCUGCUGAGAGGAAGAGGACACAUGCCCAUGGAUAGUCCCGAGAGACGUCGACGGACCGGCCACGGCAGCCUGAUCAACGUCAGCCGGCACGAGUCCAUAAAAAAGAUGGAGAGCCCUCCCAUCCGCAGGUCCACGUCUUCAGGCCAGUACACAAGCUUCUCCGAGCCUCACGGCAAGAGCCUGGAUCCAGAGAGCAUCGCACAGGACAUAGAGGAGACGAUGAACACUGCUCUAAAUGAGCUGAAGGAGCUUGAACGGCAGAGUUCUGCUAAACACGCCCCUGACGUGGUGCUGGACACCCUGGAGCCGAUGAAGAAUGGUCCCACCCCGGCCAGCUCCACCGAGUCCCUGAGCCAACUCCACGGGCUCCUGCUGCGGCCCGCCGUCAAAGAGCCGCCCAUGCGCCGCAGCACCAGCUCCUCCAGCGAUACCAUGAGCACCUUCAAGCCCGCCGUGGCCCCGCGCAUGGGGGUGCAGCUCAAGCCCCCCGCCCUGCGGCCCAAACCCAUGGUGGCGAUACCCAAAACAGGAGCAGCGCAGCAUCCGGCGGCCCCUCCACAGGAUCCACUGGACAAAUCCUGCACCAUGUGAUUCAUUGUGGGCGAAACGUUCAGGGACAUGAGGACACAAUGUAAGAUUAGGACCACUGCUGUCAGAGCCAGAUUUAUAGUGGAUUUUAAUGCCAAUGAACAUAGUGACGUGUGGUUCUUUAUUUUGUAACAUUUCAUUCACUUUAGCGAGUGGACUGAAGCAAAUAUAGAUAACUAAAGAUAAUAGAAAUACAUUACUGUGGUUAAUGAGGUGACUGUAGUUUUGAACUAGUGUGUAUAAAAUUCCAACACUAAUAUAGGGAUUAUUAAUAAACUAGAAUAACGUCGGUCACUAAGCAUGGUUCUGAGGGAGGAUAGAGUUAGUUACACAGAUGUUUACUAUUUCAGAGUUAGUCAAUUCAAAUGAACAUUUUUAGAUAUUCUAGACACCUGCAACUAACGGAAAGCAGUUUAUUUGCAUCACAAAACUGUUUGCAUGCUUGUCUGACACCUUAUUUUUUCCCGCAAUACUCUGUGUGAAUAGAUUAAGGAGUUGUGACAAUGAUAUUAAAGAAAGCAACAAAUCACUACAGCUUCCUACGGUAUGUUGUUAAGGGUGACUUUCUAUAUAUCAGUAGUUUACAUCCACUAGAAAAACUGCUAAAUGUGAAUAAUACAGAAACUAAGCGGGGUCUUUGGUUUCUCUGUUUACAGCAUAAGGAUUGUGGGAAAUGUGUCUUUACAUCUCAGAGUGUUUUCUAGUCAGGACUCUUUGAAAUGAUGUGUGGAAUGUUGACGUUGGAGAAACACUGCCAUAUAAGGGCAUGUGAUGUCACAUCUUCUGCUCGUCCUGAUUGGCUGUCGAUGUUAUGAGCGAUUCUAAGUUGUGUCAGCAAGGCUUUACUUUGAAUAUUAUAUUUUUGAUAGUAAUAUUUGAAUAUAUGCCCAGGGAGAUUGUGUAAACCACAUCCGCUUACAUUGAAGAAACAUUUUCCUAGUUUUUUUUUUCUUCACUUGAUUUCUUAUUUAGAAAGAUAGAAAUAUAUAUUGUGUAUAUAAAUGUACAUCCACUAAACCUUUUUUUUUUUUUGUCUUUAUGUUCAUUACUUUCUCCCAGGAACCAACUGCUCACUAUAAACAAUAUUUUUGUAGUCUCUUUCUGCUUAAUUAGAUGUAAUCUGUGAAUAGUCAAGUCUAGCUGCCAAAAAAAAGUAUAAGUUCUUUAAGUGCUGCUUAGAGAUUGAUGCAUAUAGGCAACGAGAAUCUUUUCCCUGUCAGCUUAGCUGUCUAAAACGCUCGGCUUGGUUCUAUCCUAUAAGCAUGAACGAUAAUCCAUUUAGUUGUCAUAUGCAAGUACUUUUCUAGAAACUUUUGAGGCAAUAUUUCUUGUUGGUUCACCAAACAAGGGAAUGAUCCCAAUAGCCAUGGACUCAGAGACUGUUACUGCAGUGCUUUCGUGGGAUAGUGCUGUUUCUUAUGUGUGCUUGAGGCCCAUUAACCCUUCGUAAUAAUAACACACACAGCACCGCACUCAAAUUAAGUCAGUCACGCGAGCUACCCAAAGAUAAAGAGUUAUGUACAGCAUCAGUCACUCCCAUGUAUUUGCACUCCAAAAUUAAAGAUUUGGGAUUUCAUAUACAGUAUAUGAAUCUGUGCAUCGACAUUCACAUUAUUAUGACAGUUUGACAAUAACUUAGUGUGUGUGUAAUUGUACUGUAUUCACUGAUGAUUAUACAACAGUUUACUCAUAUUUAGGUAGAAUAUGCUAUGAAAUGUGUUUGGCUGAUGUUACACAAUUGUCCAUCGCUGAACCAAGGGGAUAAACUGUA